UGUGAGUCAGCGACGUUUGUGUGGGUUUGAACUUAGGAGGCAGUUUAGAACAAGUAAAGGUGGUAAAUAUCGCGUAAAAAUGGUGUUGGAAGUUUAUUUGGACCUUUUAUCGCAGCCUUGUCGCUCGGUUUACAUCUUCGCCAAGAAGAACAACAUCCCAUUUGAACACAAGAAUAUUUCUUUAAUGGCAGGUGAACAUUUUGGGGAAGAAUUUGGCAAAAUUAACAAGAUGAGAAAAGUUCCCGCGAUCCGAGAUGGUGAUUUUUGCCUGGCUGAAAGUGUUGCCAUUAUGAUCUACAUGGUGGAGAAAUAUAAGACAGCGGAUCACUGGUACCCAGCAGAUUUGGAAAAGAGAGCAAAAGUUAAUGAAUAUUUGUCUUGGCAGCAUUCGGCUAUGCGACUCCACGGUUCCAAGAUUUUAUGGUUAAAGCUCAUGAUUCCAAAAAUGGGCAUUGAGGUUCCCCCCGAAAAGUUAGACUCUGCUAUAGAGGAUCUCAAUGGAACUAUUAAAGUUUUUGAAGAGAACUUCCUUCAAGACAAGCCUUUCAUCGUUGGAGAUCAGAUCUCAUUGGCUGACCUCGUUGCCAUCGUGGAAAUCAUUCAGCCGGUAGGUGCUGGUCUAGACGUUUUCGAGGGCCGGCCCAAACUGAGCGCGUGGAAGGAUCGAAUCCGGGACGCCAUCGGCGCCGAGCUGUUUGACGGCGCCCAUCAAGGAAUCAUGUCGGCCCAGGAAAUGGCGAAAAGCCUAGACACCAGCCAACUGCUGCACUUUAAAGCGAAGAUCAGCAAGAUGUUCCUUUGAGAAGGGAAUAAUGUUGUGAAUAUAAAAGCAUACUUUCAUUUGAUUUACAUUUAAUCCAGUUUACAUGUGUAUCCUUAAGCUAGCUUGUGCUUUAUAAAGCGAUUAAAUAAAUAAAAAAGAACAUUUAGUGAUGUUGGGAUGCCAGAUAUUUUUUAAUCCAAUCUAAUAAUAACUUUUUUUGUUUCCUCCCAGUCUAGUCAUGUCCAAUCCCUGCAACCUUCUCCACCGCAGAUUAUCACAUGCCCCCUCCAACACACAUGCAUUCGGGCUCAGUGUGUAGCACUGUCGCCUCACAGCAAGAAAGUCCUGGGUUUGAUUCCCAAGCAGAGUGGUCUGGGUCCUUUCUGUGUGGAGCAUGUUCUCCCAGUGUCUGCGUGGGUUUCCCGGGAGCUCAGGUUUCCUUCCACAGUCCACAGACAUGCAAGCGAGGUGAAUUUGAGUUUGGUUUGUUUUGUUUUGUUUAUGCAUUUUCUCCCCUUUUUCUAUCUUUUCAGCGCGUCCAAUUGCCCGAUUGCGUCAUGCCGAUCCCUGCUUUGAUUGAGGAGAACGAAGCUAACCCAUGCCCCCUCCGACAUGUGGGCAGCAUGCCGUAUGCAUCUUAUCACCUGCACUUUUGACGAGUGCAGUGCAGCUCUGCAUUGUGUACGGAGAGACACACCCUGAGAGCACUCUUUUCAGCCAGCAGAGGUCGUAAUUGCACCAGUCAUGGGAGAGAGACCCCAUCCGGCUUAGUCCCGCCCAUAUCUGAACAACAGGCCAAAAAACUACAAACUGUUCAUGUGGCCGCUCAGCCUUAGCCGGCAAGCAGAGCUGAGAUUCGAUACGAUGUAUUCGAGAUCAUAGCUCUGGUUCCAGCGUGUGUUUUUACCUCUGCGCCACCUGAGCGGCCCAGGUGAAUUGGAGUUUGAUAUUAAACUUGAACUAAUGAACCUUGUGUAACCGGUGACUACCCGUCCUGUCAUUAAUGUAACCAAAGUGUGUAAAACAUGAUGUUAAAAUCCUAAUAAAUAAAUAAAUAAACACAAGCAGUCGGCAACCGACUAUCUAUGAUAGUCAACCGUUCCUUGGGCAGGCGCCUCGACUGGCCAGCAGAGGCCGCAAUUGUAGCAGCAACGAGGAAUCCAGUUGACUUGUACCUGUUGUGCCUGUGUGGCCCAUUUACUCUUUUAUUGUUAUAAUUCUAUUAUCUCUGUAUCUGUAUCUUAUCCCAAUUGAAAACAAAUCUGCUUUUGUUAUGUAGUCUUUGUACUUGACAGUUCACAGCAGAAUAUUGGGAUCAUACCUUAAAAUUACUCCCAUUUAUGCAAUUGUUAAGUACUAAUAAAGUAAUAAAGGAAUUUCUAAUUAACUUUAUAA